AUGUUUCAGACGUGCACAGGUGUGUCAAUUCUCGCGUUACACGCACAAAUCGGCCUGUACGAGGAGGAGCGGGUAAAGCUGUACCAGCAAUUGGACGAGAAGGACGACGAGAUCCAGAAGGUGUCGCAGGAGCUCGAGAAGCUCCGACAACAGGUGCUUCUGCAAGAGGAGGCACUGCAGACGAUGCGCGAGAACGAGGAGAUCAUCCGCGAAGAGAACUCGCGCAUUCAGAGAGAGGCCGACGACAAGCAGCAGGAGGGCAAGGAGAUGAUGACGAAGAACAGGGCGAAGAACAGUCACGAAACUUCCCACUCUUGAUGCAAGCAGUGACUGCCACUUUUCGAAGUGUCAGUCAUUAGGAUCUGAUAGAGUAGGAGGGAGGCGCAUUUCGCCGAGCACUUUGUGAGUUUGCAAGCAGAAUAAGAACCAUAACAAUUGAAUGUUUCAGACGUGCACAGGUGUGUCAAUUCUCGCGUUACACGCACAAAUCUGCCUGUACGAGGAGGAGCGGGUAAAGCUGUACCAGCAAUUGGACGAGAAGAACGACGAGAUCCAGAAGGUGUCGCAGGAGCUCGAGAAGCUCCGACAACAGGUGCUUCUGCAAGAGGAGGCACUGCAGACGAUGCGCGAGAACGAGGAGAUCAUCCGCGAAGAGAACUCGCGCAUUCAGAGAGAGGCCGACGACAAGCAGCAGGAGGGCAAGGAGAUGAUGACGAAGAACAGGGCGAAGAACAGUCACGAAACUUCCCACUCUUGAUGCAAGCAGUGACUGCCACUUUUCGAAGUGUCAGUCAUUAGGAUCUGAUAGAGUAGGAGGGAGGCGCAUUUCGCCGAGCACUUUGUGAGUUUGCAAGCAGAAUAAGAACCAUAACAAUUGAAUGUUUCAGACGUGCACAGGUGUGUCAAUUCUCGCGUUACACGCACAAAUCGGCCUGUACGAGGAGGAGCGGGUAAAGCUGUACCAGCAAUUGGACGAGAAGAACGACGAGAUCCAGAAGGUGUCGCAGGAGCUCGAGAAGCUCCGACAACAGGUGCUUCUGCAAGAGGAGGCACUGCAGACGAUGCGCGAGAACGAGGAGAUCAUCCGCGAAGAGAACUCGCGCAUUCAGAGAGAGGCCGACGACAAGCAGCAGGAGGGCAAGGAGAUGAUGACGAAGAACAGGGCGAAGAACAGUCACGAAACUUCCCACUCUUGAUGCAAGCAGUGACUGCCACUUUUCGAAGUGUCAGUCAUUAGGAUCUGAUAGAGUAGGAGGGAGGCGCAUUUCGCCGAGCACUUUGUGAGUUUGCAAGCAGAAUAAGAACCAUAACAAUUGAAUGUUUCAGACGUGCACAGGUGUGUCAAUUCUCGCGUUACACGCACAAAUCUGCCUGUACGAGGAGGAGCGGGUAAAGCUGUACCAGCAAUUGGACGAGAAGAACGACGAGAUCCAGAAGGUGUCGCAGGAGCUCGAGAAGCUCCGACAACAGGUGCUUCUGCAAGAGGAGGCACUGCAGACGAUGCGCGAGAACGAGGAGAUCAUCCGCGAAGAGAACUCGCGCAUUCAGAGAGAGGCCGACGACAAGCAGCAGGAGGGCAAGGAGAUGAUGACGAAGAACAGGGCGAAGAACAGUCACGAAACUUCCCACUCUUGAUGCAAGCAGUGACUGCCACUUUUCGAAGUGUCAGUCAUUAGGAUCUGAUAGAGUAGGAGGGAGGCGCAUUUCGCCGAGCACUUUGUGAGUUUGCAAGCAGAAUAAGAAACCAUAACAAUUGAAUGUUUCAGACGUGCACAGGUGUGUCAAUUCUCGCGUUACACGCACAAAUCGGCCUGUACGAGGAGGAGCGGGUAAAGCUGUACCAGCAAUUGGACGAGAAGAACGACGAGAUCCAGAAGGUGUCGCAGGAGCUCGAGAAGCUCCGACAACAGGUGCUUCUGCAAGAGGAGGCACUGCAGACGAUGCGCGAGAACGAGGAGAUCAUCCGCGAAGAGAACUCGCGCAUUCAGAGAGAGGCCGACGACAAGCAGCAGGAGGGCAAGGAGAUGAUGACGAAGAACAGGGCGAAGAACAGUCACGAAACUUCCCACUCUUGAUGCAAGCAGUGACUGCCACUUUUCGAAGUGUCAGUCAUUAGGAUCUGAUAGAGUAGGAGGGAGGCGCAUUUCGCCGAGCACUUUGUGAGUUUGCAAGCAGAAUAAGAACCAUAACAAUUGAAUGUUUCAGACGUGCACAGGUGUGUCAAUUCUCGCGUUACACGCACAAAUCGGCCUGUACGAGGAGGAGCGGGUAAAGCUGUACCAGCAAUUGGACGAGAAGGACGACGAGAUCCAGAAGGUGUCGCAGGAGCUCGAGAAGCUCCGACAACAGGUGCUUCUGCAAGAGGAGGCACUGCAGACGAUGCGCGAGAACGAGGAGAUCAUCCGCGAAGAGAACUCGCGCAUUCAGAGAGAGGCCGACGACAAGCAGCAGGAGGGCAAGGAGAUGAUGACGAAGAACAGGGCGAAGAACAGUCACGAAACUUCCCACUCUUGAUGCAAAGCAGUGACUGCCACUUUUCGAAGUGUCAGUCAUUAGGAUCUGAUAGAGUAGGAGGGAGGCGCAUUUCGCCGAGCACUUUGUGAGUUUGCAAGCAGAAUAAGAACCAUAACAAUUGAAUGUUUCAGACGUGCACAGGUGUGUCAAUUCUCGCGUUACACGCACAAAUCUGCCUGUACGAGGAGGAGCGGGUAAAAGCUGUACCAGCAAUUGGACGAGAAGAACGACGAGAUCCAGAAGGUGUCGCAGGAGCUCGAGAAGCUCCGACAACAGGUGCUUCUGCAAGAGGAGGCACUGCAGACGAUGCGCGAGAACGAGGAGAUCAUCCGCGAAGAGAACUCGCGCAUUCAGAGAGAGGCCGACGACAAGCAGCAGGAGGGCAAGGAGAUGAUGACGAAGAACAGGGCGAAGAACAGUCACGAAACUUCCCACUCUUGA